AUAAGAAGCAAACGAGAAGUUUUUUAGAAACCUUAAUAUUUCAGUGAGUUUUUGCGAGUUUUUGUGAAAAUCAAAACACAUGGCAUCGUGGAAGGAAUUCAAGGAAGAGAGAGCCGAGGCGGCCUUGAGGCUUGCAGCGUCCGAUUUGAGAGACGUUGACAGAGAGGGAGGGAAUGAAGAACGUGCUAAAUUGGAAAUGGAAGCUGAUCAGUCACAGCAACAGCAGCAGGACGAGACGCCCGGUAUCAUUGGGUCUGUGUUAAAGGCAGUUGAGCAUGCCAAGGAAGCUGUUGUUGGUAAGAGUCAAGAAACUAUGGAACCGACGAGAGAGACCGCCGAUAAAGCGGCUGAGAAGGCAAGGGAGGCUAAGGAUGCUGCGGCAGAGAAAGUCAGGGACACUAAGGAUGCUGCAGCGGAGAAGCCCAAGGAGUGCAAGGACUAUACGACUGAGAAGGCGAGGGAGACCAAAGAUGCGGCGAGGCAGAAGAUGGAGGAAGAACGGGAUGAAAUGGAGAGGGAAGAGUCACAGCAACAGCAAGAGACGCCUGGUAUCAUUUGGUCUGUGUUGAAGGCAGUUGAGCAUGCCAAGGAAACUGCAAUUGGCAAGAGUCGGGAAACUGCGGAGUCGACGCGAGAGACCGCAGAAAAAGCUGCUGAGAAAGCUAAGGAGGCAAAGGAUGCUGCAGCAGAGAAAGCAAGGGAGUCUAAGGAUACUGCAGCGGAGAAGUCGAAGGAGUACAAGGACUGUACGACUGAGAAGGCAAGGGAGACCACAGAUGCGGCGAGGCAGAAGCUGGAGGAGUAUACUGGGUCGGCUGCCGAAAAGGCGAAGCAGACGGAGGAGUCGGCUAAGGAGAAGAUGAGUGACUACGCGGAGAAGGCAAAAGAGACUAAGGACUCGGCACUGGGGAAAGCAGAAGAGUAUAAGGACUAUGCGGCGGAGAAGGCAAGGGAGGCGAAGGACAAGACGUUGGGAAAGGCGAGCGACUACAAAGACUAUCAUGUAGCGGAGAAAGCAAAGGACGACACGGAAGACAAGGCAAAGGAGGCAGCCGAGAAGUCAAAACAGGGGCAAGAUGCUACGGCGGAGAAGAUGGAGGAGUACAAGGAUUACACUGCUGAGAAAGCAAAAGAAGGGAAGGAUACUACUUUAGGUAAGCUUGGCGAGCUGAAAGAUUCGGCUGCUGAUGCUGCCCGAAGAGCUAUGGAUCUCUUGUCUGGUAAGAAAGAGGAAGCCAAACAGAAGGCGGAAGAAACCAAAGAGGCAACCAAGCUAUUUUUGCAGGAAAAGUUGAGCGAAAAGGAGGAGGAAGCAAGACCGAAGAUGGAAGAGUUGAAGCUUCAAGGUAAGGAUGAAGAUGCCCAGAAGGACCGUGAAGACGAGGUCAAUGGAGCUGAAAGGGGGAUCGCGGCUAAGGGCAACAUUUUCAGUGCCAUUGGCAGUGUGACGGAGGCCAUUAAAGGAAGGCUCACUCAACCAUCGGAUGUGGUGGAAGAGACGUGCGCGGCCGGCGAGCACGGCGGUUCUGGAAGGAAGAAAGGAGAGAUCGAGGUGGACGUUGAAGAGACCCGACCAGGAUAUGUGGCGGCAAAGCUGAAAGAGGGUGAUCAGAUUAGCGGUCAGACUUUCAACGAGGUGGGCCGUAUAGAGGAUGAGGGUACCCGUACCAUACGUUUGGAUUGCCGGGAAAAAUAGUAAUCACGUACGCCCACCGGGUCCCAGGGUGUGGGUGGGCUAUUGCCUGUAUAUUUUUGUUUCUGUUUAUGUAAGUCUUCCUACUUCCUAGUUUGUGUUUUCUUGG